AUGGGAAUACUCGAAAAUCGGCCCCACUCUAAUCAACAAUUCUUACAAGUCAACGUCAUAUGCGCAGCCAUUAUGCCGGGUCCAAAAGACCCAAACAUAGUUCAAAUCAACCAUUGUUUGGAGCCGUCUACUCGCGAGCUGAUUGAACUCAAGAAUGGGGUCAAAAUGGAUGUUCACGGAGAAGAAGAACUUGCAGAUGUAUUCGCAGAUAACGAAGCCCUCGCUUGUGAUAUGCCUGCCUCGCAUAAAUGUAACGGAACCGCUGGACACAGUCACGACUUCCAUCCAUGUGCGUUUUGUGACAUUGACAUCGUCAAAAUCAAUACUCCCGAAGGCUACAACAAUUCGUGGACCGCCAAAGAUGAUCAUCACAUGCUUCGUCAGAGCUUCUACUCUAAGGAUGCUGCUCCCGCUCGCCAAGAAGCGAUCUUGCGAGACCACGGAGUUAGAUUUAGCAUUCUCAAUUCAGCUCUUGACUUUAUGCACUGUAUCUUUCUUGGAAUCAUUUCGCACCUAUUUAUGCGCGUGUUGUUUGGUGGAUAUAUGCUCUCGGGCAUGGGUGGCGUCAAUUCUCCGAAGCGACACUUUGAAGAUAUAAUUAAUGCUGUAAGAUGGCCUAGCCAUGUCACUCGACUGCCGGAAAAUCUGGGUGAAAACCAAUCCCUCAAGAAGGCUGACGAGUGGCGUCGUCUUCUAACAAUCACCCCGGUCAUUCUCUGGUGGUCUUGGAGGGAUGCUAAUGACGAAAUACCAGACACCGAGCCUCCUCUUCCACCCAACACUGUUGCCCCUGAUUUCUCGCGUAACCGCCGCUCGAUGUAUCAGGCCAUUCUAUUCCUGUGCACUGGUGUCCGAAUUCUCGCAUCCCGCACGAUCUCUAUGGCCCAGGCUCGCACUGGUCAGAGCUUUCUAGCCCAUUACUGCUUGGAAUGUCUGCAGCUUCGCAUCCCACUCACCAUCAACCAUCAAGCUUCGAUGCAUACAGCCGACAUGAUCAAGAAGUUUGGUCCUGUAUAUGCCUGGUGGCUCUUCGCAUUCGAGCGGUUCAAUGGGAUGCUGGAACGUGUUCACCAUAACGGUCAUGACGGAGGAUGGAUCGAGUUGACUCUCUUAUGGAACUGGGUCCAAACUCAUCUCAUUUACGAGUAUCUUCUUUCUCUUCCCGCUGACACUCAUUCUUUCGAAUGGGACCAAAUUAACUGCAUCAUCAAGGUACAAGCUCAAGACUGUGGAAGUAUGAUGACGCAGAUAGCAGUUUAUCAGAGCGAAGCUGCCGAAGACAAUGUUAGGUUACCACUCCGUAAUGCAAAAUUGAUCAAUCUCCGUACAUACGGCUCGCCUCAAGGAGUAUUCUACCCCAUUCUUCUCCAGUACUGUCGUUCUCUAUGGCCCGACCUUCACCUGGUUGGUGAUUUAUCGUGCGACAAUGGCACCCCCUUCUAUGCGAACAAGGUAGCUCGCGCACUCACAUACAUUCGCAAAGACGGCAUUCGUUACGGCUGCACCAUGAAUCGGUGCACGCACGCUGACUCAUUUGCGUUCAUAUCGCAAGGUAGAACACGUGUCCCUGUGCAAAUCACGGCAUUAUUCGUGGUUGGUGUUCUUGACGUUGUCCCUCAUGUUUGUGCAGUGGUGCGGAGAUUAGUCUCUGAUGAUGACAUUCCUGCAAUGCCAUGGGAUCUCUAUGCAUCUACACUUGGUAUCCACGUCUCCUACACUGAAUUGGGCCCUCAGGAAGUGGUUCCAGUAUCACAGAUCGAGUGCCCACUGGCACUAAUUCCAGUGCACUCGAACAUCCUCAAAAAAGAUCUGUGGAUCACCGUCUCAUUUGACCAUGCAGGGAACGAACCUGAAGACUUUUUAGAAGACGAAGACGGAGAGUAG